AUGCCGCAGGAUCCGUUGUUCGAGAUCCUGCGUGCAUAUGCCACUCUCAAACCCACCAAGGCGAUUCACAGGCCCUGUUAUCCGCCCUCGAGGCAGUAUCAGCGCUCCUUCUGGAAAUGGGCGAUCGACUGGCUGGAGCGCCUUGACGAACUCGACGAGCGCCUCUACACUCACCAAAUCGAGUUGAUGCAAGUGCCGACGCCCCAGCAUGUCUUCCCCGAAUACGCGAGUGUCACGCUUGUUGAGUCCCGCACCACCAUCGAGGCCGGAACCACCGGCCUCAGGACGUGGUCGGCUGGCCUGGUCUUGCCCAAUAUAUGUUGUCCAAGCCCGCUUGUUGCAGGCAAAAGGGUCAUGGAGCUCGGAUGCGGGGCGGGAUUCCUCGGAGCCAUCGUCGCCUCCAUCCAACUCGCGGCAUCAGGGGACAGCCCCAUCUCCUUGUGGCUCACCGACGUCCACGAGCCCGUGCUGCAACGAUGCGAAGUGAACGUCCGACUGCCGUGCAACGCGUCACACCGCCAUCCAGACAUGACCGUGCUCCGACUGGAUUGGUCCGACGCCCAGGACCCCGACCGGUCCGGUCCGAUCGACGACCUCGCGAAUGUCCGCGCAACGCCGGACAUUGUCCUCGGCGCCGAUCUGGUGUACGAGCCGAGCAUCAUCCCUCCGCUCGUGGCCGUCCUCGACGCGACACUGUCCCCAGGCAGGGAUAGGAUCGCGCUCAUCGCGCUCACCCUGCGGAACGAAGACACGAUGUCCGACUUCCUCCGUCAAGCUAGUGAGUGGCGGCCUGUCGGACAAUAUUUCACAGGGGCUGCGGAGUUGGGCCAAGAUGCGUCUGAGCAAGUCCGCAUGUACAAACGAGCAUAA